GUUCUGGUGUAACUCAUGAAUGAGUUCGGAUCUUUUAUUUCAUUAUAAAUCAGAUCGUGCACAUUUAUUUUUUAUUUAAUCUGAAUUAAUCAGUCCCGCCGCUGAUCAGAGAUGCCGGGACUCAGCUGUAGGUUUUACCAGCACCGCUUCCCGGAGGUGGAGGACGUGGUGAUGGUGAACGUGCGCUCCAUCGCCGAGAUGGGCGCUUACGUCAGCCUGCUGGAGUACAACAACAUCGAGGGCAUGAUCCUGCUGAGCGAGCUCUCCCGCCGACGUAUCCGCUCCAUCAACAAGCUCAUCCGCAUCGGCCGCAACGAGUGUGUGGUGGUGAUCCGAGUGGAUAAAGAAAAAGGAUACAUCGACCUGUCUAAGAGGAGAGUUUCUCCAGAGGAGGCCAUCAAGUGUGAGGACAAGUUCACCAAAUCCAAAACGGUGUACAGUAUCCUGAGACACGUGGCGGAGGUGCUGGAGUACACUAAGGACGAACAGUUGGAGAGUCUGUACCAGCGCACCGCCUGGGUCUUCGACGAGAAGUACAAGAAACCGGGAUACGGCGCUUACGACGUCUUCAAACAAGCCGUCGCUGACCCCUCUAUACUGGACGGUCUGGAUCUUACAGAGGAGGAGAGGAACGUUCUCAUCGAUAACAUCAACAGGAGGCUCACGCCACAGGCCGUCAAGAUCCGAGCGGACAUCGAGGUGGCGUGUUACGGGUACGAGGGCAUCGAUGCCGUUAAGGAGGCUCUGAAAGCCGGACUGAGCUGUUCCACAGAGUCCAUGCCAAUCAAGAUCAACCUGAUCGCUCCUCCACGCUACGUGAUGACCACCACCACCCUGGAGAGGACUGAAGGUCUGUCCAUGCUCAAUCAGGCCAUGGCCGUCAUCAAGGAGAAGAUCGAGGAGAAGCGAGGAGUCUUCAACAUCCAGAUGGAGCCCAAAGUGGUGACGGAUAUGGACGAGACCGAGCUGCAGAGACAGCUGGAGCGCCUGGAGAAGGAGAACGCCGAGGUUGACGGAGACGACGACGCUGAGGAGAUGGAGGCCAAAACCGAAGACUAGUGAACCCUCGACGUGUGUGUGUGUGCGUGUGUGUGGGGUUAAAAUAAUAAUAAAAGG